UGGGCUAAGAUUAUUCCUGUCUUUGAGAACUGCAUGUUUUAUGUUCUUAAAAAAACACAUAUCAUUCAUUAUUUGUCUCUUUACAGAACCAGAUGCUGUUGCCAAUCUUAUUGUCUCCAACAUAAGCACAUCAUCUGUGUUACUAACCUGGGAACUGCGACAAGGUUACAAUUUGUUUUAUAAAGUAGAGUUGACCAAUGGAACUCUGCAGAAAACCUUUAAUACUACAAAGACGUCUUUAUUUGUCCCUAAUCUGAUUGCUGGAGUCAACUACACGUUUACUGUCAGUGCAGUUGCUGGAGAUAAUGUAACCGAAGGAGAUAAAGUUCCCAUCCCAGCAUUCACAAGUAAGUCCUGUAGUUUUCUGACCUUCUGUGUAUUAAAACAAUACAUUUGUCAAACAUAUGCGUUGGCCCUGCUUUACUCUCUCCCUAGAACUCACAAACCAGAUGCUGUUGCCAAUCUUAUUGUCUGCAACAUAAGCACAUCAUCUGUGUUACUAACCUGGGAACUGCGACAAGGUUACAAUUUGUUUUAUAAAGUAGAAGAGUUGACCAAUGGAACUCUGCAGAAAACCUUUAAUACUACAAAUACGUCUUUAUUUGUCCCUAAUCUGAUUGCUGGAGUCAACUACACGUUUACUGUCAGUGCAGUUGCUGGAGAUAAUGUAACCGAAGGAGAUAAAGUUCCCAUCUCAGCAUUCACAAAUCCAGAUGUUGUCAUCGGGCUUAGUGUAUUAAACAAAAACACAUCAUCUGUGUCUCUAACCUGGAAUGCUCCACAUGGGAACAGCUCUUUCUACAUAGUAAAGUGGACUGUCCAGAGUGUGACAAAAAACGACACCACAUCAAAUACGUCUUACACCAUCACUGGUCUGACUGCUGGAGUGAACUACACAUUUGAUGUUGCUGCAGUCGCUGCAGAUAAUGUCACUGUAGGAGAUGAAGUCCUGAUCCCAGCAUUCACAGAACCUGACGUCAUUCAGAAUCUCACUGUGGUUGAUGUUACUACAUCUUCUGUAAAACUGAACUGGAUUAAACCAGUGGGGGAAAGUUCAUAUUACAGAGUUAAAUAUGAAAACUUCAGUAUGACCCUGAAUAAGACUACUGAUAACACCACAAUCAGUAUCACUAAUCGGACUCCUGGAGUGCAGAAUACAUUCAGAGUAUCUGCUGUAGCUGCAGAUAAUAUCACAGAAGGACAGUCUGUUGGUCUUUCAGUUUAUACAAGUAAGUUUCAGAGAAUGAAACUGUUCAGGUUUGAUUGUGUGAGAAAACCUGACGUUGUUCAGAAUCUCACUGUUGUUGAUGUUACUACAUCUUCUGUAAAACUGAACUGGAUUAAACCAGUGGGGGAAAGUUCAUAUUACAGAGUUCAAUAUGACAACCUCAGUAUGACCCUGAAUAAGACUACUGAUAACACUAUGAUCAGUAUCAGUAAUCGGACUCCCGGAGUGCAGUAUACAUUCAGAGUAUCUGCUGUAGCUGCAGAUAAUAUCACAGAAGGACAGUCUGUUGGUAUUUCAGUUUAUACAAAACCUGACGUCGUUCAGAAUCUCACUGUUGUUGAUGUUACUACAUCUUCUGUAAAACUGAACUGGAUUAAACCAGUGGGGGAAAGUUCAUAUUACAGAGUUCAAUAUGACAACCUCAGUAUGACCCUGAAUAAGACUACUGAUAACACUAUGAUCAGUAUCAGUAAUCGGACUCCCGGAGUGCAGUAUGCAUUCAGAGUAUCUGCCGUAGCUGCAGAUAACUCCACAGAAGGACAGUCAGUUGGUCUUUCGGUCUACACAAGUAAGUUUCAGAGAAUGAAACUGUCCAGGUUUGAAGGUGUAAGGAAUUUCAGCCUCAUUUUCAUAAGUUGUUCUUUGCUUUUUGCACUAAUAGAACCUGAUGUCAUUCAGAAUCUCACUGUGGUUGAUGUUACUACAUCUUCUGUAACACUGAACUGGAUUAAACCAGUGGGGGAAAGUUCAUAUUACAGAGUUCAAUAUGAAAACUUCAGUAUGACCCUGAAUAAGACUACUGAAAACACUGUGAUCAGUAUCACUAACCGGACUCCCGGAGUGCAGUAUGCAUUCAGAGUAUCUGCUGUAGCUGCAGAUAAUAUCACAGAAGGACAGUCUGUGGGCCUUUCAGUCUACACAAAACCUGACGUUGUUCAGAAUCUCACUGUUGUUGAUGUUACUACAUCUUCUGUAAAACUGAACUGGAUUAAACCAGUGGGGGAAAGUUCAUAUUACAGAGUUCAAUAUGACAACCUCAGUAUGACCCUGAAUAAGACUACUGAAAACACUGUGAUUAGUAUCAGUAAUCGGACUCCCGGAGUGCAGUAUACAUUCAGAGUAUCUGCUGUAGCUGCAGAUAACUCCACAGAAGGACAGUCUGUGGGUCUUUCAGUCUACACAAAACCAGAGGUGAUAAGGAAUCUGAUUGUGACUGAAAUCACUACAAACUCAUUGUUUAUAAACUGGACUGAACCAAUAGGACAGAGAUAUUUCUUUAAAGUACAGUGGACUCGUAACAGUGUAACUUUUAAUACAACACCAUCUAAAACAACGACCAACACAUCCUUUAUCAUCACUGAUCUUACUGCUGGAGUGAAUUAUUCCAUCACAGUAUCUGCUGUAGCUGCAGAUAAUAUCACAGAAGGACAGUCUGUUGGUAUUUCAGUUUAUACAAGUAAGUUUCAGAGAAUGAAACUGUCCAGGUUUGAAGAACCAGACAUCAUCAGAAACCUCAUCAGCAACAUCUCCAACUCAUCUGUGUCUCUGACCUGGACUGGACCAGUAGGAGAGAGCUCCCUCUUUAGAGUGCUGCAGAUGAACGGAACGGAAAGUUGGAAUAAAACGAUUAAAGAAACACAGUUUUCCUUCCCUGAUCUCACCCCUGGGUCAAGAUACAACUUCACAGUCUCUGCUAUUGCUGCUGAUAAUGUGACUGAAGGAAAAGGAGUAGACCGCUCCAUCUGUACAAAUGUGAAUCCUGUCUUCAACUACAGCUGUAACGGACCAGAUUGCAAAGAUGCUGUGUUGAAUUUUAAAUGGACCACACCCUUCGGCAACAACCAGGGGUUCUGUAUCGGAAUUACCGAUGGAAGGACAGAAUGCAAAAACGACUUCUCCAGACCUGACAAUAACCACAGCAUCAGUGAUCUUCAAUACGACAGCUUUUACACUGUGACCAUCACCACCCUUGGGUGUGGUCAGAACAGCAGUGUGAAAUUUACCUGUAAAACAGGAAUUACAUAUCCAACAGUUCCAAACACACCUGUAAAUGUGACUAUACAUACACCAGUUUCAGGCCAAAAAACAGCAACAGUUCAGUUCAGCAGAAGUCUUCUGAAUGGCAGCAAAGGACGGAUUGAAGCCUAUGGCAUUCUGCUGUCAACUGAUGCUGGACAUAAUUCCAAUAGUAGUGACCUGAACUAUACCUAUAGCGACUGGAAUGAAAAGACGAGCAAGACAUAUGUCACAGUUUUGAAACAAAGUGAUGAAACCACCAGGAGUGAUGAUAUAUCAGUUGAAAUUGGAGAUGAACAGGUAUUCAUCAAUGGAACAAACUACAAAAAUGGACCUCUAACUGCAAAUACGCAGUACAGGGUAGCAAUUAUUUUGUUCACCCGCUUGAAAAUCAACAAUGGGCUUGUGGACAUCUCACAGUCUGUCGUCUCUAUAACACCUUUUGCAGUGGAUGUUAUAAAUAUACCAUAUUCAACUUCAUACAUUGGCAUUAUUGUGGGACUUGUAUGUUUCUUCAUUCUCUUAAUCGUCGCUGCUGUUGUCUUCAUUAAGUGGAGGAGACAAACAAAGAAGAAUGAUGGAAACAUUCCUAUCACCACUAUAAGACAUAAGGUUAAAAUGCAGGUGGUAAAAUCUCUCUCUGUUUUCUUUUCUACCCACAGAUCUAAAAUUAACAUUUCUGUAAGGAUAGAGGAGUACGAGGAUUACUUCAGAAAGCAGCAAGCAGAUUCAAACUGUGGCUUUGCUGAGGAAUAUGAGGAUCUGAAGAUAGUUGGAACUGCUCAGGCCAAGAGUAGUGCCCUUGCUAUAGAGAACAAGGGGAAGAAUCGCUACAACAAUGUCCUCCCCUAUGAUUCCUCUAGAGUUAAAUUAUCACCAUCUGGCAGCCCCUUCGACGACUACAUCAACGCAAACUAUAUUGCUGGUUACAACUCAAAGAAAGAGUAUAUAGCAGCUCAGGGCCCUCUGCCUGCCACUGUGAAUGAGUUCUGGAGGAUGAUCUGGGAAAAGCAUGUCCACACCAUAGUGAUGCUCACCAGGUGCAACGAGCAAGGACGUGUCAAAUGUGAGAAAUACUGGCCAUCUCAAUCCAAGAUGUACAACAACCUAGGGGUGACAAAUACGUCAGAAAUCCCCCUAGAAGACUGGACUAUAUCAGAUUUCACUAUUAAGAAUGUUAAAACAGCAGAGACCCGCCAAGUCCGUCACUUCCACUUCACAGCCUGGCCUGAUCACGGCGUGCCAGAGACAACAGAGGUGCUCAUUAACUUCAGACACUUGGUGAGAGAGCACAUGGACCAGUAUUCUCGUAAUUCUCCAACUGUGGUACACUGCAGCGCUGGUGUGGGCAGAACUGGAACUUUUAUCGCCCUUGAUCACCUGAUCUUCCAGAUAGAAAGGGACAGUAUGGUGGACAUUUUUGGAAUUGUGUACGACAUGCGAAUGCAUAGAACACUGAUGGUACAGACAGAGGACCAGUAUGUCUUCCUGAACCAGUGUGCUGUAGAUAUCAUCAAAUCAAGAAUGGGGACCAACGUGGACCUAAUUUACCAAAACGCUGCAGCAUUCAGUGUCUAUGGGAACUUGUAGCAACAAAGACAUAAACCAAAUUCACAGAGGAUCAAACUGUAGGGAAGCAGAUGAAUUCUUGAGCCAUUUCUUUGCUUAGCUGGAUGCCAAAUGCAUGUCUGUUCUACUGACGUAAAGAAAUAUUUUUAUAUAGUGUGUUGUUAGUGCCAAUUUUAUGUAUUUGUAUUUUUCAGUGGAAGAUAUGCUUCCGGUAAUCAGAGGCUUUUCAGAGAUUAAAGCAAUGACAUACAUGAGUAUAUGAAGGAAUAUAUGAAGUUAAUACACAUGCAGUAAAGCAUGUCUGUAUUUUAUCUGUGGUAUUUAUGAAAGUGAUGUUUAGAUUUUUUUAUUGCAAUGCUUGAAAUGUUGUAAUUUAAAGAUUAUGUGUAAAAAAUACUGUAUAUUUUUAUAUUUUACAUCUUUUCUGAAGAAAAUAAAUUUUAAUAAUUUUAAACACACUGGAAAUGAUAGUGCCUUAAAUUCAGAAAAUGUACUUCUGUAUGAACUUCUGUCUCCAUUCCUGUAAUGUAGAGUGAGACAGAGAGCUGCAGUGCCAUUGUUUAAACGAUAGGGACGAUAGGAAGAGUAUAGAAGCAGAAUCAUUUCAAGACAGUUUCAUUUCAUCACCACAUUUCAAAGGGAAGCUGUAUUUUCUAUGAAUAUGCCUGAGGCUAGCUUUCUGUGGGCGAAAAGUGUUACACUAUGUGUCAAGCUGAAACGUCUACAGCAGACUGCAGUUCUUGUUCCUACACUUUAGAUGCAAGCCUACUGUCUUUGUGAGACAUGUCUCCAAACCUGCAUUAAAUUCACAAAAUAGUUCUUAAAAAUGUAUAUUUUCACACAGUUAUAUAGUUGUUUCUCAAAGGCAUGUUUCUUGUCUGGAUUUUGCAUAUUUAUGUAUACGUAUGUGGCUUUGUUCACAUUAAAGGGCACAUGAGAUUAUUUUAAUAAAUUGGAGUGUUUAUAUUAUACGGUACAGGUGACCACAUCGUAUUCUAUGGCCCGGUGUAAGUGGCUAUGUUUUUGCUGUCUGCUUUAGAUCAGGUCACCCAUGAUGCCUUUUUUAAUAAUAAUAAUUUUUAUUAUUAUUAUUAUAUUGUUUUUAACCACUCCUGUAAGGUGGAAUUUGCAAGAAUUAUGGACUGGUAGAAUUCUUGCAAAUGAGCACUGAAACAAAAUGUAGACACUGUAGAUUCUUCUAGAUGGAUGUUGCAUACAUUUAUGCUUUAAAGACACAAGAGGGCACCAUUGGCUCUCUAUCGGUUAACUGAGCUUUACUGUGGAUACUGCUGUGUUUUAAUGCUGUAAAUAGAUUAUUGUUUCUUUAGCGUUUUAAGAAAUUGAUCCUUUAACUGCAAUGAUAUAUAGUAACGAUUAUUGUUACUCUGUUAAUGUAGGAUCAAACAUGAAUUUUACAGGGAUUUUCUUAAAAAGGUACUGGAUGUUAAAAAAAGGCACUUAUGUAUUUUUUAUGUAUGCUAUUUUUUCAGCACUGAAAUGUUUAUUAUUAUAUAUUUUUUAUGCCAAUGCUGCCAUGCAUAUGUCAUUCCUAAGACACUGUUAAUGAGCCUCUUCUGGCUGUGUGUCAUGUUAACGCUGUCUGUACUGUCACAAUUUGAAAAGGCUUGUGCAAUAAUUUGUUAUUAAAAGAACAUAUAAAGCAUUAAAUGCAGUUUUGGACACA